AGCGAGGGAGAUUUAGCUGUGGAAAUCGCUGUAGGAAGAGACUAAGUCGAGGGCUACGAAAAUCCGAUGGAGGAACAACCGGUGUCGUCCGAAACAUCGAGCGAUGCUCCUUCUUUGAGGUUCAAUGUUAACCAAGUUAAGUUAGAUCUUCCUGAAGAAAUCGCGGACGAAGGAAGAGAUCCGAGCCCAAGGAUGACUUUUCCUGAUUCGGAGACGCCAGACCGACCUCUCUCUUCUCUUGAUGACGCCAAUACAAUCGGCUACGCGACUCACGAUGCUGUUCCUAUGACUGUGUUCUAUCGAAAUGACAACUCGCAAUCGAAUACAGCGAAGAAGUCGCGGCCAACACUGAAAGAAUUGAGGAAAGGUUUCGAGGAAGACCACGAGCAACAGGUAAUUUACAUCUAGCCCAUUUCCUGUAUUUUAUUUCACCGGCAUUCUAGCAAUAAUUUGUAUUUUGCUGGAGCGGAAACUUUAGGAAUUUUUCCACCGACAUGCACAAUGCUUCGGUGCGGUUGGUGUGUUUAAAUUACGAACGUUAAGUUUCUGUUUAAAAAUGCAUUUUCUAUUUGUCGCGUUGUUUUCUUUAGGGCAGAAAAAAACUGAUACACGAUAUGGCCUACAUUUGUUCUAAUUUUUAAUUCAAAUUUUGGAAUACUUGGAUAACUUCCCAAUUAUAAUUAGGGUGCUGAAAUGAAGUUGUUCAUACUCACUCAUUCAUGCGUUGUCAAGAUCAAUAUCGUUGUGUGCGAUAUUUUUGUGGCUGCAGUGUAGCUCUAUCACUUUUAUCGUUUAUUCAUGAUAUAGGAUAUUAAACAUUCAUCAACGGUUAGGAAACUUGCUUCAUUCAGCGUUUGAAUUCUUUGGUUUCGUAAAAUAUUGCAUCGAGAGACAAGAUCGAAAGAAAAACAUUUCUGAUUGCGUCUUGAAGUCUGUAUAAAAGCGUAUGAAUUUUUUUGUUUUUUUAAGUCGGGCGAGUGUUAAAAAGUAUUAAUAGGUAAUCUUUGAAAUGAUAAGAAGCGUGUUUAUAAAACUGGUUCUCGAUCUUUCUAGCGAUAAAAAUCUUCUCAGUAAGGGUCAUAUCUUUUGACAAUUCUUUUAUGCUAUUUCUGUACAUCUUCAAUAUUUGAACAAAAAUUUGGAAAUAAUUGUAUUAUGGACAUUGUUUAUAUUGUAUAGGCAAUAAGACCUUAUUUGACCCUGAUCAUAAAUGCUCUUCCACACAAUGCAAUUAAAUUGAUGUCAAACGUUUCCGCUUAAACAGAAAAAAAUGAAUUAAACAGCAGUCUACUGUAUUCGAAUACAACUAAGAAGAGAGAGACCAAUUUUUCUGCUAACAACCACCGUAACUCUUUGUGUUAAAGAAAUGCAUGAAUGGGCAACAGUCAUAAUUGUGUUUAUUAGACCUUCGGUGAUAAAUCAGAAUUGCUACCGAUCUUUGAUGUUAUUGAGAAUCAAUUCAUUUCUCUCCACAGUAUUUACAUCUGAAGAAAAUACAGUCUCUUUUAUUUAUGAUCUGUUUUCACUUGUUAUGACUGUGUUGUCCUGUUUUUUAAUGUGAUGUUAUUACAAGCUUGAUCCUCUUUCGGCACACAUGCAGCCUUUCAUUUGGUGUAAUCUGUUUGACACUAAUCCCUUUCAACUUGUUAAAGGCAAAGCUUAAUCUCUUGUUAAAAAAAAGGAAUAACACUUGUUCUGUCACUAUUAAGUCUCUUACAAGGAUUAUUUGUGUAAUGGCCAGUGCAUAAAUGAAGCUGACCAACAGUAAUGUUUCCCCUCCCUUUAGAUGGGAUACUGGUCUAUUGUUAUUUACCUCCAGUCCCUCUUCCCUUUCCCCCCCCCCUCUCCACACAACCCCCUUUCAUUGUUUCAUCAGAGUUUGUUGCAUUCUGUUUUUACCCUUUAAUCCUGCUGGGUAAAGAGUCAGGCAUUGUGAGGUUUAAGUGUUUUGCUUAUGACCCAGCACUAUGAGGCUGAUCAGGACCCAGACAUGGAUUUAUUAGCACAACUACAGAGUGUUAGUAGGGCACUGAGUUACCCAAUUUUUUUGCCCAUGAGAUACAAAUAUACCUUAAGAUUAUAAAAAGUCUAAUACCAUGUACCAAACAUUACCUUGAGCUGUUUGCACCUGUACAUAUACCUAUAUACUAAAUACCAAAAAAUUCCCAUGAAAAUAAAAUAAUUUGUUUCUUUUUCCUGAUGCAAAACCACUGCCUACACUGUACCUGAGCAUAAAAGACCCUAUCUUACUCAAUACUUCUCUAUGUGCAGGUCCUUUUGAAUCCUAAUUUCAGUUCUCUAGCCAUUGUGUCAGUCAAAUUUUAUCAUCUAUCAGUUGUGACUUUAUUUUUAUGUUUGUUAUCUAAUUUGAGGUCAUUCUUUGGCCAUCUUUGUAGGACGAACCUCAAAAUGUGGAUGAUGUUGAAAAUGGGGAUGUUGGUAGUAACGAAAUAGCCAUCCAAAUCAAGAAAGACCAAAAGGUGAAGGUUGCCCCCAAGUUUGGAUGGCUGAAAGGUGUCAUGUUACGAUGUCUUCUCAACAUCUGGGGUGUUAUGUUAUACUUGCGACUCUCAUGGGUGGCAGGUCAGGCUGGAAUCGUUUGGUCAACUGUCAUCAUUGUGUUAUCUGCCAUAGUGACAAUGUUAACCACCUUAUCCAUGUCGGCUGUGUGCACCAAUGGUGAAGUGAAAGGAGGUGUGUUUAGUUACAUGUACUUGAAACAGGAAUGAAUCAGUGCUGAAUGGUACUUUGGAAAAUCCUAGGUCUUUUUAUCUGAUCUCUAAAUCUCACAGUGUUUGUGAAGAGUCUUGAAGUGUCAUUUAUUAGGUACUUUAUUAUAGAGUGUGUUUUAUGAUUUGAUUGUUAGAGCAUUUAUAUCCUGCCUUUGAUCCACAAAAAUAAAUGAAACAAUGAUGGUGUUUGACUGGUGAGAUACUGAUUACGGUAUUUAUUCACUUGUAAGACACACCAUUUUUCAUGAGAAAAUAUGCUUGUUUGAUCAAAGUCUGCUCAAAACUUGGGGUGCAUCUUAUAAACUACCAAUGAAAGAACUUUCUUAACUAUGCUUUUUGCUCUCAUAAACAGGUGGUGCAUACUACUUGAUAUCACGCAGUCUUGGCCCAGAGUUUGGUGGCUCCAUAGGAUUGAUCUUCUCUGUGGCAAAUGCUGUAGCUGUUGCUUUGUAUGUUGUUGGUUUUGCUGAAACCAUUAAGGAUAUAAUUAAAGAGAAUGGUGGCGAUGUGGAGUUGAUUGGGGAACUGAACAUCAUUCGUAUUGUUGGCAUUGGCACAGUUAUUCUGCUUCUGUGUGUCACUCUUGUUGGCUUAGAGUGGGUUGUGCGCACUCAGAUGUUUCUCCUUUGCAUCCUUCUUGUCUCAAUUGUUGAUGUCAUAAUUGGCGUUUUCAUUGGGCCACAAAAUGAAACAGCUCGUGCAAAAGGAUUUGUUGGAUUAGACUUAAACCUGUUUAAAACAAACUUUGGGCCGGCAUACCGUGAGGGUGAAAACUUCUUCUCUGUGUUUGCUGUGUUUUUCCCAGCAGCUACUGGUAUCUUAGCUGGAGUUAACAUCUCUGGUGAUCUCAAAGAUGCGCAGAAAGCUAUCCCCAAGGGAACGUUGUGGGCUAUAUUGAUCAGCACAAUUAUUUAUGUCCUUCUUGACUGGUUGGCUGCUGCAUGUGUGUUACGAGAUGCAUCGGGCGUGGUGCUAGCAGUUGUAAACCAGACAUUGAAUACUACAGCUGAUUCUCAUUGUUCAGCUGACUUCAGCUGUCCUUAUGGAUUAAUGAAUGAUUUCCAGGUAUGAAAAACAAGUAUGAAGAUGUGAAAAUCAGUGUCUUUUGGGUGGUAACUGGCUCACACUGAGAUGUUUGUACAUGGAUAUUAAACCUCUGAUUGUAAAGUACUCUUUUUUGCAGGUGAUGGAAAAGAUUUCAGCUUGGGGACCAAUAGUUACUGGGGGCAUCUUUGCAGCAACUCUUUCUUCAGCACUGGCCAGCUUAGUUGGUGCACCAAAAACAUUCCAAGCUCUUUGUAAGGACAACAUCUUCCCUGGGAUCCAUUACUUUGGUGUAGGGGUGAGAAGAUUAUUUUGAUACAUGUAUGUUGUAGAGUUUGGAAUUGUGGGUCUAAUUCUUUUUCUCACAUCUUAAGGGCUUUGUGGGUGGAUACUGCAAAUAGGUUUUUUUUCUUUAUUUAUUUUGCAUUACAUGAAGUAGAUAGGAGUACUUUUAAACCUUUGAUCCUUAGGAGUGACCAGCAUUUUAGUUCUCCUCACAAUAUCACCCCUGAAUCACACAUUUAGAUCAAGAGAAUAUAGGAAAUGAUCACUAACUAAAAAGGUCUUGAUUGUUAAACAAAUUCUCCUUGUCAGCAGCUUAGGAAAUGUUUAGAGAACAGUUUGAAGAAUAUGCAUACUGAUGUUACAGUGCAAAGGGUUAAUCCUCCUGAAAGGAAUCAGAUCCCGUGGCUAAAAACAAAACCAAUGUAACCACAACAGCCAAUCGGGGCAAAGUUCAAUACUUGUCUCCCAAGGGACUGGUGAGAAAUGAAAUUUAAAAUGUACAAACUGUCCAAGCUGUGAAAAAAUUUGGGUGGCCUAUUGGAAAUUGGUUGAUUUGUUGUUUUGAAUCUGAUUGUUGAAGAAAGAAAAAUAAAUGGAGGAUGGCACAAGUUUCUGAAUCAAUCACAGAACGUAGUAAAGAAUAACAAACAGUCUGUGAUUGUGAUUAUACUUUAAAUUUCCUCUCAACAGGUUGGGCCUGGAGAUGAGCCUCGUAGAGGAUAUAUCUUUACAUUCCUCAUUGCCGGUGCCUUUAUUGCAAUUGGAGAAUUGAAUAUCAUUGCUCCAGUUAUCUCCAACUUCUUUCUCAUGUCCUAUGCACUAAUCAAUUAUGCAGUGUUUGCAGCAUCGCUUGGCAAGUCCCCCGGAUGGAGACCAUCUUUUAAGUACUAUAACAUGUGGGUGUCCUUGGUAGGGGCUAUGGUGUGUAUAGUGAUCAUGUUCCUCAUCAAUUGGUGGGCUGCUCUGGUGACCAUUGUGAUCAUCACUGCCCUGUACAAAUAUGUGGAUUACAAAAAACCCGAGGUUGGUAGAAGUCCUUCUAUGAUUGAUUAAUUAAUAAUAAUUGUAAUACAUAAGGCUCAUGUAAAGAAAGGGUUAUUCCGUGAAACUUUGGAACUGUCGCGAACAUUAACUACUAAAUACUAAAACCAGAAACGUCCCUUGGCGAAGAGGAAAGAUUCUGUGGAAUACAAAGAUUACAAGAGCGAAAGGAAAUUAUUUUUUCAGCAUAGAAAAAUAGUCUUUAAAAAAGACAUUUCGAGUGCCGUCGUUCAAAACUGCAAUAUUAAUUUUCAAAUCCUUUUCAGGUCAACUGGGGUUCGUCUGCGCAGGCGUAUACUUACAUCCGGGCACUACGUUUCACUUACCGUCUCAACACUGUUGAAGAUCACGUGAAGAACUUUCGUCCCCAGUGCCUGGUUUUGACUGGUUCUCCCUCGUCCCGUCCAGAUCUGGUUCACCUGGUGUCGCAUAUCACACGUAACAGAGGCUUAAUGGUUUGUGGUCAAGUUAAACUCGGCCCGUUUGGUUCUGUCUCCGGUUACGAAGAUGCGUGGUUGAAACAGUCCAAAAUAAGAGCAUUCCAUACCAUAUGUACAGGUAAACUGACUUGAAACUCAGCGUAGAUUACAUUCCGAUCGAGUGUUGCAAAACCAUAGUAACCAGCGAGACCAACCAUAACAAAAGAAAAUAUGAGAAGGUGCUGACGAGAAUUAGCCUUGAGAUUGUUUCAGUUUUUCGGUAUAUUUAUUAUUAAAUGACUGUGGAUAGAACAUCUUAGUAUAAUAAUUGCGCAAAUGCCGUAAAGGUGUGAUCUUAACCUGGAGGUGAGCAGGUCAUCAAAGCUUGCGCUUCAGUGCGAGCGUUUCUUUGCCCGUAAGAAAGCUUGAGGGCUUGAGUAACCCCUAGCUAGUGAAAGGUCGGCAAGGGAUCUGGCGCUGAUAAUGAUUAUAAGUUCCAGAUCCCUUGCAGACCUCUCUCUGGCUCGCUUUGCUCAAGGCCUUAACCCUGUAACCCCUGAGGGUGACCAGCAUCUAAUUUCUCCAAAUUACACAUUAGGGUCACUAGAAUAAAGGAAAUGAUCACCAACUAAGGAAGCUCUUUAUUUCUAAACAAAUUCUCCUCGCCAGCACCCUAGGAAACAUGUGGGGAACAGUAUGGAGAAUAUUCAUACUGAUGUUAGGUUGAAAAGGAUUAAACACACUUGCAGGCGAAGAAACGCUUGUACUCAUGCCCUCAUUCUGAGGGCGUGGGUAGUGCGAUCCCUAAGUAUUUAUUGAAAUUACUGAUUAUGAGGCGAGAAUUUCACAUUACUGAUCAAAACUGCUUUUUGAGUUUUAAGGUUCCUUGCAGAUACCUGUAAUUUUUAAUCUUAAAAUAUUCAUAUCCAAUCUUCCUCUAGCACCCAGUUUCCGAGAAGGCGUCCGCGUCAUGUUACAAACUGUAGGCCUGGGAAAGAUGAAACCCAACACGGUGAUCCUCGGUUUCAAACGAGACUGGAAAAAACUAUGCAAAACAGAGCAGGGAAGGGAAGAAGUGAAAGAAUACGUCAAUGUCGUGCACGAUGCUUUUGAGCUGAACUUCUCCGUAUCGAUCCUACGUUUCAGAGGCGAGCUCGACUUGAAAGAGUUGGCUACCCACGCGGAGGAGGAAGAUUGGCUUGCCGAAGAAGAAGUAGGAGACAUUCUACCUGAACUGCAUGUAAGUGACACGCUCGAAGCACCUGCUGAAAGGCCCAGCUCGCCAGAGAAGGAAGAUCCCGCCAAGAAAGCCGAAGAAGAGAGUUCAUAUGUCGUUAACAAAGGAAAGUUUAAAGUGACCGUUAGCAAAACGAUGAGCGAAGAAGAUAACGAGCCGGAUGAUAAAGUCGACGAGACGACCAAACUGACUGACCCUGUGGAGCCAGCCAAACCGGAAGAAAUAACGCAGGAAGUUGCUUUUAAAGAGAAGCCUAAGGGGACCAUUGAUGUGUGGUGGCUCUUCGAUGAUGGUGGGUUGACAAUUCUUAUACCUUACCUGCUCUCAAUUCAUCGUUAUUGGAAAGACUGCAAGCUGAGGAUCUUCACGCCCGCCUCUACGCAUGCGCUCAAGAGUAACGAGCUCAGAAUGGCGACCUUGCUAAAGCGAUUUCGAAUCGACUUCACCAGCGUCGUGGAGGUAGAGGGUAUGAACGCGCAACCUUCCACCUUGAGUAUCCAAAAUUUCAUGAAAUUACCUGUUAAGGAAGAAUUUCCAGACGUAACAGCUCUUGAGAAAGACCGUAAAACUAUGCGCAACAUUCGCCUCGGGGAAUUGAUCCGUUUGCACUCCAAAGACGCCAAAUUGAUUGUUCUCACUUUGCCGGUCCCUAAAAUAGAGAUGACGUCACCUCUCUUAUACAUGAGUUGGCUCGAAGUGUUGUCAGCGGCUUCACCCCCAGUGUUGAUGGUCCGAGGAAACCAACAGAAUGUGUUGACCUUUUACAGUUAGCUUAUGCCUUUAGUUUACAGUAGUAAGAUGUUUGUUUAAAAACUAGAAAGUUAGCUUCUAUGGGGGGAUGUACAUUAGACCCUCGUUAUUGUAAUUGCCCAAACGAGAGCGAACUACCUUUUGAAAUUUUUCCCAACUUCCUCAUUUUCUAUUUUGAAAAUGCAGCAAGACUCUUGUACGUUUUACAAUGAAGCGUCUUAUCGAGGCAAGGGAACUGUGCACAGCUUCUGAGUAGGAAUUCUCCUUCCGUUUUUUAAGGAAGGUACUUAUGUAGAUGGCACAAUUUACAAAGAGCUGACACUAUGAUUUUAUAGAGAUCGGUGAAAAAAAUAGUUAAAGUUGAAUUUUUCAUCUAUUUGCUAAGAGUGAUCUGAGACUCAUUAAGUACAUAACCAUACAGCACAGUUUUAAAUGAAUAUUGGAAAAUGACGUUCUGCGGGGCAGAACUGAACUCACCUAGCUAUGAAGUAAUUGUAUUUUGCCAAUUUGAAACGAUUAAUAUUAUCAUCAAGUGGAAAUAAUUUUACUGUGCCUUACGCACAUGGAGAACUUUGAAAGUAAUUUUUGUGAAACUGGUACGAUAUUACCAGUUUAUCGGAGUUUUUCUUCAAGUCUUUGGAUACGAUUUUAUACUGCAUUUUAGGAAAAAUCACUACCACUACCGAAUUGUUUUGAAUUUCGAAUGAAAAUCGUGCGGAUUAUCUGGAAUUUGAUAUUUUUUAAUAUUUAUUACUGCAAGUGGCAUUUAAAAGAUUGCGAAAGAAUACGAGAAUAAUGGUCUGAAUAAUUGUUUAAUUACUUCUAAAUCGAUUUCAGGUAUAUACUUUUGAAAAGGCAAUGUCGAUUUUUGGUAAAGAUGGGUAAUCUUUAAACUACCAAAUCGCGAGGUGAUUUGUUAUUUAAGGGAAACAAAAAUUUGUGAGCAUUUAACGUGCUCAGAAGGGGGAUUAUAUGCAAAUUAUUUAAGUCAGGCGGAGUAAGAAAUGUCAAAAUUUUUUCGUUUGUUUUUCACGUUGAAGCGCGACUUUUCCAAAGCCGAGUUAGUCAAGGACUCCAUAGUUUUUGGAAUUGAAAUGUUUUAGUUUCUCCUGAUUGACCGAAAACCUGUUAAACAGAAAAAGAAUUGUCAACGUUUUGUCUCAACUGUUGUGUUGAGGUUGCUGCAGUAAAUUCGUUGCUGGGUAAACCCUGUUGAUAGAAAUUUGGAGCGAUUCAGACCAGAAUAUUACGUCAUAUUUUGAAUUGUCUAUUUUUUUUGGGGGGGGGAGGGUCCUAGUAAAUUGCCUUUGAUUGGAACGAAAGAUUUAAGCAACGAUAUUUGAGGGUAGACCAACACCAAAAUGAUGAGAGUAAACCAAACUAGAGCAUUAAAGGUUUAAGGUGAAAAUCAACAAGGAUCACAAAUGAUGAAGUUAUGCUCUUAAGGAUUAAUAAUGCACCUGCCGUGAAUAAGCCUUUGUAAACUUUGAGAUGGUUACCACGGUGGUAAUUCUAGUUCACUUUAUUGAAUUUUCAUAACAAAUUUUGUAA